AUGGAUAAUUUUGACCCCUUUAAUCCAUUGCAAAACGUUGUUGUCACCUUCACUGAUGAUCAGUUAUCAGACAUUUCAAACUGGUUUGAGGAAACCGCCAAGCCCAGACUUACAAUAAAUGAUGGCGAACCAAUUAAUGUUAUCACCAUUGAUGAAUUUAAGAAAUUUCUAGAGUUAAAGAAAUUCCACAGAAGAAGUUUCCAUUAUCCCUCCUACGCGGAAAUAAUGGAGGAAGCAGAAAAAUUGAAAGCAGGUGUAACACGAAUGUUAACGAAAGACCAGUUAAUCUAUAUGCUAAACAAGUGGACUAUACAGUCCGAUUUAAAACACGAAUUGAAACUUGCUUUUAAAGUUUUUGACACAGAAAACAGAGACUUUUUAGAUAUUGAAGAACUAAGAAUGAUUCUUACUGGCUACGGCGAGAUUUUUAAUGAAUCGGAAACUAUAGAAAUGCUACGAGACGCUAAUGUUACAGGAAAUGGCAAUGUGUUUUACGACGCAUUUGUUGAGAGUCUUUUUAAUUUGGCACCAGAGCUUAAUGAAAUAAAGGCUGAUUAUUUGUACGAAGAUCCUGAUGAAGAUCCAUCGGUGCCACCUGAAUGA